UGGCACUACAAAUUAACCAAUGAGAGUGCAGCUUUCUCAUGAAAGACUUUGAUAAAGUAAAAGCUGCCGGUAGCAGCAAGUUACCUAGCAACGAACACAAUGUACAGGCCACAAGGGGAGAUAAACACAUUUUGAAUUGAGGAAAUCCUGGGAAACAGAAGCAGACGAGCCUUGGAGUCAGGUGUCAAAAGGGGUCAUUACUGUAAUGGUCUGCAACGGAAACCUUACCUUGAAUAAAGAUCUCGGACAAGUUGACAUCUAAAGGAAAUGGCUUCGAAUAGAAAUUGGUCUGGAGCACAUUCUAGGGGGCGUGAAGAUCAUUCUAAACAGGGACAGAGUAGCGGCUCCUCAAAAGGUUCAGGCAGUGGAUUCAGGCAGUCCCGGCAACAGGGAAGGGAAAGGUGUCAGUCAGAGAACAGGAGAGGUGACAAUUCCUCCUGGAAACCCAGGAACCAAAAGGAAAGCACUACUGGAGAGGGCAAGGAAAGCAGCCAGACUCAAGAGAGACCUCCUUCACGUGGAAGAGGAUUUGGUGGUGGACCCGAUAGACCUCCGUUUAGACGUGAUCUGAGUGGGAGUAGGGAACGUACCUAUGGCAGACACCUUUCUGUUGCAAAGAAUUUUCUAGAUUUUCCUUGCCAAGGUGCUUCAGAUGAACAUCAUGAAGGGAGAAGCAGAUUUAAGCAAGAUAAUUAUUGUGGCCGAAGAGACUCUGAAGACAGACGAGGAAACCGUCAUCACUCACGUGGAAGGAGUGCUGCAGGGUUUGUCGAUCAACCUGACAGCAGGUGCAAUGCUGAGUCUGGACAAGCUCACACAAGGGGCCCAAAUCGCAGUGUCACCAGCUGGAACAACAUGAAGCCAAAAGAUUACAGCAGAAACAAUGACAAAGAUGACUUUCGGAAGCUAGCAGGAAAAAGGGCAGGAAGUCAUCCCAACCUUUUAGACAUCUCCAAAGGCUGGGAUUCAGAUCAACGUGGCCGGAGCAAUGAGAAGUUGCAAAAUCAACGCCGGACUCCCAGGGUUAAUAAUUUAGACUACAGAGCUUUAAAAAAGAUUUUCGAAAUGGAGCCUUCAGAAGUUGUCAUGAAACUGGCCUCUCCAGGAAGUGGUUUAAAAGAAUUCUUAAGCCGUGAAGAUAUGACUGAUGAACUUAUUGCCAUUGCUCUUGAGGUCCUCAGUAAAGCAUGCAGCAGCAAGUCUAACCGAGAGAAUUUACAGCAUCUUCUAAUUGAUGUGAAAGAAUCUCGCUUUUUGAAGAGACUCCUCCCUAUGUAUGUGAUGAGAGUGAGCCGUCACAAUGAUUCAGUGAAAAGAGAGCAGAGCAUUGUGCAGGUUGACCAAAUACUGGCUCUGCAUCAGACAUUAAUUAGUGUCUUCCCUGCCAGCACAAUCCUUGAUGUGUCUCUUAUUGUAGCUCUUUUGCAGACUGAAAUCACUUACCUGCAGUCAACUGGGCUUACUAUUCCCAAGGAAACAGAAAACAGCAUAACAAGCCUUCAGAGAAUCAUUACCCAUUUGCAAGAGAAGAAACGAGAGGGAACGCUUCGAUCAGACAACUACACAUACAUAACAGGGAAUGAGGAAGAGCUAGACAUUGAGGACUUCAGAUACAUGUCAAUCUUUCCGACAUAUGAAGACAUACACUUGACAGCGAAACCCUUCAUGCGGCCGAAUAUUAUCGGCCAAAAAUUUGAAGACACAAAAACGUACCUUGAUACUCAUUUCCGCCUCCUUAGGGAAGACUUCAUUAGACCUCUGAGAGACGGGAUCAAUCAGGUUCUGAAGUUUGAUGGGAAGGAUCUGAGAAAGGGAAGGUUUGAUGACAUUAGAAUUUAUUUGAAUGCUUAUAUUCUUUCCCCCAUCUGCACCCACAAAGGGAUCCUGUACAGAGUUCAGUUCGGUAUUGAUAAUUUGAAAUCUGUGAACUGGGAAAGCUCAAAGCGACUGUUGUAUGGAGCUCUGGUAUGCCUGUCCAGAGACAACUUUGAGACUAUGAUUUUUGCUACAGUGGCAAACCGGGAUGUAAAGGAUCUCCAGAAAGGCAUUACGACUCUAGAUUUCACCGAAGAAAGCAGACUAAAAUUAUCAGAAUUCCAGGAAAAUGAUUAUUUUCUAAUGGUUGAAACAACUGCCUUUUUUGAAGCCUACCGACAUGUACUUGGAGGCUUGAAAGAAAUGGCUUUGGGUGAACUUCCUAUGCAGAAAUAUAUUGUCAGCUGUGACACUAACAUUUCAUCUCCUCAGUACUUAAUUAAUCAUCGGCAUACUUACAGUCUUCAGUCACUGACGACAGAGGGCCCUGUCAGAAUACAGGAGCUUGAAAAAUCUGUCAGUACUGAGGAAUCUGACGGUGCUGACAAAUCUGACACUGAUGAUUUUCUUGGCAGACAGGAUUUCAAAGAAUUAUUAGGCCUGCCUUGGAGAUGUGAUGUGCUCAAUUUUGCUGAUUGGCCCAGUAAGCAAUGGUUAAAGUUGGAUGACUCCCAAUUGCAGGCAGUGCAAAUGGCCUUGACUAAAGAACUGGCUAUUAUUCAAGGCCCACCCGGCACAGGCAAAACGUAUAUUGGUCUGAAAAUUGUCAAGACUAUCCUUUCUAACUCAAACACUUGGCGUUCAGUGGGGGGUUGCCCCAUCCUGGUUGUAUGCUACACAAACCAUGCACUGGAUCAGUUUUUGGAAGGCAUUCACAAGUUUUUAAAGACAGGAUUGGUCAGAGUAGGAGGAAGAUGUGCCAGCGAGGUCCUCCAGAAGUUUUCUCUGAACAAUUUAAGAAGAGAUAAUAUGUUUAAACAGAAUCUGCCUGGACAUCUGCGAGCAAUGUAUUCAGUGCUUACAGAAAACCGAAAAAGCGUUGAAGAGAAAAUUCAAAAGAAAGCAGCUCUUUUUGAAAGUGCUGCAAAAGGAGUUCUUCAUGAGAAUGUCCUGGAAGAUAUUAUUAUUUCACUUCAUGGGACUAAUCUAGGGAACGUACAGGCUGUGGAAAAUUCCCGAAAAAAGAAAGCCCCCUCGCUAAUGUUAGAAUGGCUAGGAAUUUCACUCCUGAGCCAUAUGUCAAGGCAAAUUGGUGAUGAAGACACCAAUCAAAGGGAUAGUGAGACUGCAGAUUGUGGUGAUAAAGAUUUAGCUCAAGUGGCUCAUGAGGAGAAAAGCCAUGACAGCAAGGAGUCUCCAGGCAUUGAAAAUUGCUCUGAAAAUGAAGAACAGAAUCUAUAUGAAUCUGAAAAUGAAGAAACAGAACAAGAUAAUGAGGGCAGAGCUGAUGAAGACUUAAACAAGCCGGGGAUUGGAGAGUGGAAGUCAUAUGCAGAUGAUGUAACCAAAGCAGCUGAAUUACUGAAGCUUGCAGACACUCAGGAAGAAGAAGAUGCUUCUGAGACAGCAAGUGUGACUACAGAAGGAGAUGAGGAUGCAGCAGAUUUACUCGCAGUCACUGAAGAGGCUGAUCUGGUUCAGGCCGAGAGGAUGAUAGAAGAUGAUGAUGUGCAAAAGCAGAUCCAACAAGCUAAGAGGAGAAUUUUUCAAACAAAGAAGGUGGUUCUGGCUUAUGUACCUGGAGAAGAGAAAGAGGAGGUGCAAAGCAAGAAUGAACCUUACGAUGAAGGGUGGGAGAUAACAAAAGAUAUGAAGAAAAAACUGAAGCGCAUUGUCAAGGUGGAGCUUCUAAAAACUGACCACAUGCCGGAGGAAGAAGCUGAACAAAUCGCCAACCUCUGGGCUCUGUCUUACACACAACGCUGGCAUCUUUACAGGCUGUGGCUUUUAAAAUAUCGGAAUGAUAUCAGACGGCAGAUUCUGGAAUAUGAGAACGAGUAUCAGAGAACAGUUAACAGGAUCACUGAACUGCGAAACCAGGAGGAUCAAACUAUCCUGAAAAUGGCGUACGUCAUUGGAAUGACAACAACAUGUGCAGCCAGAUAUAGGAAGGUCUUACAGGAUAUUCAGCCCAAGAUUGUGGUGGUUGAAGAAGCAGCUGAAGUGCUGGAGGCUCACAUAGUGACAACUCUGACCUCUGGAUGCGAGCAUCUUAUUUUAAUAGGAGACCACCAGCAGCUUCGUCCAAGUGCCACAGUGUAUGAGCUGGCAAAAAAUUUCAACCUGGAGGUAUCAUUGUUUGAGAGGCUUAUACGGAUGAAUGUCCCAUACGUCCGCCUUGAUUAUCAGCAUCGCAUGCGUCCUGAAAUUGCUCGGCUGCUGACACCACACAUCUAUGACAAGCUGGAGAACCACGACUCUGUCUGUCUGUAUGAUAACAUUAAGGGAGUUACUACAAAUGUCUUCUUUGUGGAACACAAGCACCUUGAAGAAAGCAUCCACGAAGGACGAAGCCACCAGAACCUACACGAGGCUAACUUUGUCAAGUCCCUCUGCCAUUACUUUAUCUGUCAGGGAUAUGAACCCUCUCGGAUAACGGUUCUUACCACGUACACAGGACAGCUCCAUUGCUUAAAGAAAAUGAUGCCCAAGAGUAAAUUUGAAGGAGUCAAACUGUGUGUGGUUGAUAGAUACCAAGGGGAGGAGAAUGAUAUUAUAAUCCUUUCUUUGGUUAGGAGUAAUCGAGAAGGGAAGGUGGGUUUUUUGCAGAUUCCAAACCGAGUUUGUGUUGCUUUGUCCAGGGCAAAGAAAGGUUUGUUCUGUAUUGGCAACAUGAGUAUGCUGUCAACUGUCCCGCUGUGGAGUAAAAUUAUGAAUGUGUUACGCAGCAAUGGGCAGAUAGGAGAGGCUCUCAUGGUUCGCUGUGAAAAUCACCCCGAAACUGCUAACUUUGUUUCUGCAGCAGAAGACUUCCUCAAAGUGCCACAGGGGGGAUGCUCAGAGCGCUGUGAGUAUCGGCUGAAUUGUGGCCAUGUCUGCACCAGGUUUUGCCAUCCAUAUGACUUGGAACAUAAGGAUUUCAUCUGCACCAAGCCGUGUUCUAAAACACUGUGUGACAAUGGGCACACAUGUCCAAAAAAGUGCUCUGCUAUAUGUGGCGAGUGUAAGGUGACUGUCACCAAAACAUUACCCAAGUGUGGUCAUGAGCAGAAGGUGCCCUGUUCAGAACCUCCAGAAACUUUUUCAUGCCACAUGCAAUGCAACAAACCUUUAUCCUGCGGUCACUUGUGUGUUCGUGAAUGUGGUGACACAUGUACCCGCAAAUGCCCGCAGAAUGUGACGGUUAACCUAGACUGCGGUCACCAAAGGACCAUUUCAUGUUACGAAAAGCAAGAAGCUGAAAAAAAAAAUGAGAAGAUACUUUGUUUUGUAAAAUGUGAGGCCAGCCUGCAGUGUGGACAUAAGUGUUCUGGUAGCUGUAGCGAAUGUUCUAAUGGAAUGUCACAUGUUGCAUGUCGUUCUAAAUGCAAGGAAGUGCUAAUUUGUUCCCACCAAUGUCAAAAUAAGUGUUCUGAGGAAUGCGUUCCGUGUUCUCUUUCUUGUGACCGCAAAUGUUUCCAUCAAAAGUGUGAUCAAAUGUGCUGCAUGCCCUGUCGCCCCUGCACACAGCCAUGUGGCUGGGGAUGCAAGCAUCACCAGUGCACAAAGUUAUGCUUUGAACUUUGUGACAGAAAGCCUUGUGAACUGCCUUGCUUUCGAAAGCUUAAAUGUAAACAUCAGUGCAUUGGUAUGUGUGGGGAACCAUGUCCAAAGAAGUGUCGCAUAUGUCAUGCAGAUGAAGUUCAAGAACAGUUUUUUGGAAAAGAGGCUGAUCCGGAGGCCAGGUUUGUCCAACUUCAGGACUGCAAUCAUAUCUUUGAGGUGACUGGGUUUGACACGUGGAUGAUGACUCCUGUAAACGACGGCCCGAUCAAACUGAUUGCAUGCCCCAAGUGCCACGCUCCUAUCCGGAGAAGUGUGCGCUAUGGUUCUGUCAUCAAGAGAACACUGAUUGAAAUGGAGCAGGUGAAAAAGAAGACAGUUGAGAUGUGCUCAACACAACUUCUAAUCUCAGUAACUGAACGAGAUGAAAUGAAAAGAUAUUUCCCAUUAGUUCUUGAAAUGCUUCUGUCAAAGUUGGAUAAAGCUGAUUUGAUGAUGCCCACGCUGCUCCUCAUUAAAGAUCAGAUUACCAUUCUCUCAAAGCUGGCAGAAAUAAAAAAGAAUGUUCAGCUACUUUUGCCAGUCACCUUCCUCCGAGACAAAAUCAACAAGCAAAUAGACGUUUGCAGUUCAAACAUAACAAAGCCAAUAUAUAUUAAUUUCCUCUUUGAAAAAGAAAUCAUAAGGAUUUCACUCUUAGCUGAGGCCUACGUCAUGUCCUACAUGCAUAACAAACCUGUACUAUCCUCUACAGUCAUGUUUGCCCAUAUUAGGCGUCCACAAUCACUGGAUAACCCAAAAGAACUUGAACACAUAAUUCAUCGUCUGGAACGUGGUGUGAUGGCACUUAAAGAAGAGGAGGAAAUAAAACAUAUUCGGAAAAUGCUUGACAGCCUCCAGGAGAGGCUCAAUUUGCACAUGUUGUUUAAGAUCUUGGAAGAGAAAAAUCACAAACUGCUUGAUGGUGCCAUUUUUAGACAGGGCCAGUGGUACAAGUGCAGUCAGGGACAUGUUUACUGGAACCAGGGAAGUGGAAGUGAACCAAAGGUCGACCAGUGUCCAGAAUGUUAACAUAAAGAAUAAUAAAACCAUCACGUACGACACAGAUAGAAGAAAUCUAAAUGUGUCAUUAUUUUAGCGAUAACUAGUUGGGUUGGUUCAGUGUACAAGGUAGUGUUGGCCGAAAUACCGAAAUGUUACAACAUCAAUAUUAGGACAUUGACUGUGUCACGAUAAUAUUGCGGAGAUGAUACUACAGUGAACUCCGUUUAUAAGAAUCACAUCCGUCCUGGAUGAUAGGAGGCUGUGUGGUCCAGUGGUUAAAGAAAAGGGCUUGUAACCAGAGGUCCCCAGUUCAAAUCCACCCUCAGCCACUGACUCAUUGUGUGACCCUGAGCAAGUCACUUAACCUCCAUGUGCUCCGUCUUUCAGGUGAGACGUAAUAGUAAGUGACUCUGUAGCUGAUGCAUAGUUCACACACCCGAGUCUCUGUAAGUCGCCUUGGAUAAAGGCGUCUGCUAAAUAAACAAAUAAUAAUAAUAAUGAUUUGAUUCUUAUAAGCGGUUGAUUCUUAAAAGCAUGCUUCCGUGCAUCAGCAGUUUAAAUACAGUAUACAAAUGUCAAUGAUGCUCAAUCACUAAGGACAAAACAUCAAAACAGUCAAAACGAGUCCUUGUGGAUAAGAAACUUGUUAUAUGAUCACGAUUAUGUUUACUCAAGGCUGCAGAACCCUAUUUCACUACAGUAUACUUGAGAAGUGAUAUUUAAUGGGGAGAUAUUUCAGUAGCUGUAACCCCUUUAACUGAGCUUGACUGAGGCCAGGGGAAAAAAGGAAACUUCAUUUCGAAGGAAAUGAUACAAUGUUUAUUUUUUGAAUGCUUAGUCUUAAUUGAAUCUAUGUCUUUGUUCUUAAAUCCAUGGAGUUUAUUCAAUAAUUGAUUUGUGCAGUGUCAUGACAUGAUCCUUGUUGUAAACUUGGUGUCUGAUUUAAUAAGCUUUUGCAUUGUUAAUGUUGCCAAUCAAUAACCAAAUUCUAUUUCUGAUUCAUUAACCCCGUUAUAUUGUUUUAUUUUCUGAAAGCAUGAUUGUUCAAGUGUAUGGUUACCUGAUACUGAAUUACAACUUCUGCAUUGUAUUUUAAAUUAUACUUAUGUAUUAAAAUGCAUCAUUAAAAAAAAAAAAAAAAAACUUACCAAUAAG